AUGGCUCCAACCGCAGUCGAGACCAACCCGGUCACCACCGUCGAGUCGCUCAAGACUCAGCUCGCAUCCACCCCCCUCGUGGAUCUUCGUGCCUACCCACACUUUGACAAUACGCCUGGUAUCGGUACCGAAUUCCGUUCUGGCGGCCUGCAGAUCGCCGACAUUCUAUCGGACCAGGCCAAGCUUGCUGCUCUGGCCCGCCUGGUAUCCGAGCGCGGUGUCGUCUUCUUCCGCGAAGCGGACAUCACUCCCGACGAGCAAAAGACCCUGGUCCAAGCUCUUGGUGAGGUGGGCGGCAAACCACCCUCAUCAAAGCUACACGUGCACCCCCUCACCCUUCCGGGCCAAGUGGAGGGUGACGAGAUCAGCAUUGUCAGCAACAAGUUUGUCUUUGGCGAUAAGUUUAAGCAAUCAGACGGCGAUAUCCGGAACCGCCGACGCGGUCGGGACCAGUGGCACUCGGACAUUACGUUUGAGAAUGUGCCCUCGGACUAUGCGAGUCUUGUGAUACGUACCCUCCCCACAGUGGGGGGCGAUACACUCUGGGCGUCGGCGUACGAUGCCUAUGAUCGCUUGAGUGCGCCUCUCCAAUCUUUCCUCGAGAGCCUGAAAGCGGAACAUUCGGGCGAGAACUUUCUGCGUCUCAACGCCGUGUAUGGCGGGAACCCAGUCCGCGAGCCCCGCGGUGCGCCCGAGAAUGUGGGGCAGGACCUGCUUGCGGUCCACCCGGUGAUCCGUACCAACCCCGUCACGGGAUGGAAGGGCUUGUUCGUCAACAAGGCAUUCACGACCCGUAUCCUUGAGCUUAGCAAGAGCGAGAGUGACGCGCUGUUAGAGUUCCUGUUCGACCACGUUAGCGCCAACCACGACAUACAGGUGCGGUUCCGGUGGGAGAAGAACAGCCUCGCUAUCUGGGAUAAUCGGUCGACGUUCCAUGCUGCCACGGCUGACCUCGAUGGCGUCCUGCGGGAGGGUACCCGUUCUGUGUCGCUUGGCGAGCGGCCGUUCUUCGACCCUCAGAGUAGGAGCCGGCGCGAGGAUCUCGAGGCGCGGGCAAAGUAG